AGAGAAAAAGGCUGCAGAGGUGGUUUAUUUAGAAGAUUAUUUCCAGGACCAAGUAGAAUGGAGACUCCUAGAAUGGAGACUUGGACCGGGGUGGUGAUUGGCACAACACCUUAUGAUUACAACUGGGCUUCGCCUUGUGAGAAAAUCAGCAUCAAGGAGCAGGGGGCUCAGUUCCUGCCCCCUCUGUAUUCUCUGGUGUUCAUCCUGGGCCUGCUGGGGAACACCAUGGUCCUGGUGAUUCUCAUCAAAUACAAGAGGCUCAGGAUUCUGGCCAACAUCUACCUGCUCAACUUGGCCAUCUCCGACUUGCUCUUCCUCGGCACGCUUCCUUUCUGGAUCCACUACGCCACGUGGGGUGAGUGGGUUUGGGGGAGCAUCCUGUGCAAGUUCAUCUCUGGAUCUUAUUACCUGGGCCUGUACAGCGAGAUCUUCUUCAUCAUCCUGCUCACCGUCGACAGGUACCUGGCCAUCGUCCAUGCCGUGUUUGCCCUUCGAACCCGGACGGUGAUGUUCGGUGUGAUCACCAGCGGUGUCACCUGGGGUCUGGCCGGGCUGGCGGCCCUCCCUGAGUUCAUCUUCCAUGAAUUCCAAGAACACCUGAACGAGUCGAUCUGCAGCCCUCUCUACCCAGAGGAUGAAGAAGAGCGCUGGAAGUAUUUCCACGUGCUGAGAAUGAAUAUCUUGGGCCUGGCUCUGCCCCUUCUCUUGAUGGUCAUCUGCUACUCCAGGAUCGUGAAGACGCUGCUUCGAGGCCCCGGGAAGAAAAAAUUCAAGGCCAUCCGCCUCAUUUUCAUCAUUAUGAUGGUCUUUUUCCUGUUCUGGGCUCCUUACAACCUGGUGCUGCUCCUCUCGGUUUUCCAAGGCCUGGUGUUGGAGAACAGCUGUGAGCAGAGCCAACAGCUGGAUGUGGCCAUGCAGGUGACCGAAGUGAUCGCCCACACCCACUGCUGCGUCAACCCGGUCAUCUAUGCCUUCGUGGGCGAGAGGUUCCGGAAAUAUCUACGCCAUUUCUUCCAGAGGCACGUGCUCAGCUGCGUGGGGAACUACAUGCCUUUCCUUCCUGGGGAGAAGCUGGAAAGGAGUUCCCUUUCGCCUUCCACGGGGGAGUUGGAACUCUCUGCUGUGUUUUAGAUCCCUGGGGUGCACAAAAAAAAGAUGGAUUAGGAAGAGGAAAUGAAUGCACAGAGUCAACCAUCGGUGGCUAGAGAACAAAAGAGAGGAUCUUUUUGUGCCUCUGAGCCACAGAAACAUGCUACCUAUUACACACACACACACACACACACACACACACACACACAAUUCAGAAUCAUGUGUGAUCAGCAAAAGGUGAAGCUAUUAUAGCUAUUCUUCACACCUAUCCAGACAGCCACCAGA